AUGUCAAUCAGUCACAUGAUUUCCAGUCACGUGGUAUUUGCUGAAUCAAUCAUGGAGUCCAGAGGGAAGUUACUGAUUAUUUUGGGGUGUUUUUCCUUUGCAUUUUCUGCUAAAGUACCGGUUUUAUUGUGGUCUUCUUCCAGAUCUUUUGCUGACUUGCCACAGAGUAAUGCAGGAAAAACCGUCCUGUCUACAGAUUUUUCCCAGCGAUACCUGAAGCCAUUGACAACUGGAAAAGAUGGCAACCUGGUUGUUUUUAUGCAGGAUAAGCUAAGUCUUCAGGACUUCACCCAGCAUGCCGAUGUUUACAAUCCAGACAGUGAUGGCGGAGUCUUCAAGAACAUUAAGAGCUUCAUGGAUGACCUGUCUUCCUUAAGUCUCCCAUCCGUUCAUCUCCCUGGUCUGGCAGUGGAUGAAACAAUCAAGAAAUUCAAAGGAAAAGUUCACCAAGUCAAGGGUCAGGACAUGACCAAGAUUGACCUUGACACCGCUGUUCCCAAUUUGAUCAUUGUGACCUUGAACUCCAUUUCUGACAGUCCCAGUGAAGCAGAAGGAUUCCAGAAGAAUGAUGAAGCCAUAGCUAAGGUGAUGAGACAGCUGACAAAGCGAGGCGUGAAGUACACUGCUCUCUAUACAGCCAAGACCUCACAAGCCGCGGGAAGUAGUGGUAUGGAAAUGAAGAGAAAACUCCUGAGUACACAGGAGGAGGCAGUUACACCUACUGUUAUAAACGUAGCGAACGGAACGCUAAUCAACUCCUCAUGUCUCCUGAUGUACAUGCGAUCCAUUACCGUGGUGGCCCAGAAUCAAACUUACGUCAGUAACAAAACGGAGGAUAUCUCUUCAGUCAAUGUAACUUGUUCCAACGACACAGCCACCUUGAUGUUUGAUUUCAAGGCUGACACAGGGAACCAAAUGUCUUUAAGCAUGAACAUGGCCGUAGGCAAUGUCUCAGGAUACUGGAGUGUUGUAGAAGCCACACUGACCCUUAACGGCCAAACUAAUAACAUCUCCCUGGACAGUGUGUCAGCCCCAAAGGGGUUCUCCUACCACUGCUCCAGCCUAGGGAAAGCCGGCAACAGCACGGGGGCCAACAUCACCGUGUCCUUUGAUGGAUUCCAGCUGCAGCCUUUUGGCGUGGUGAACUAUCAAUUCUCGGACGGCUGGGACUGUGUCCCGUUCUUCACGGAGGUGAUCUGGAUGGGGAUCAUUUCCACCGCGGUCCUUCUUCUUAUUCUCCUCCACGGCUUCUCCAUGUUGACCUCCGUCACCACCCAGGACAGGUUUGAUGACCCCAAGGGCAAAACGAUCACCGUCAAUGUCAACGAAUAGAGAAUUAUCACCGUCAAUGAAUAGAGAACUCAAUCACAUGUUUUUAUACUUUUUGUAACGUAACAUUCCGUUGAAAUUAAGAAUUAAUUGCAGUUAUACUGUAGACAUACUUUUUUCCACUGAAUUACAAUUCCGCGGAAUCUAAAUUUCAGUUUAAUUCGCGGAUAGAAGAUUUUCUAGAUUGCACUAUAUUCCUUAAAUUUAUAUUAAGUACGCUUGGACAAAUUUCCGCGGAAAAUUUGUGACCAUGUAAUAGCGUAAAUUCAUACCACGCAGAAAAAAAGUACUUCUACAGUAAUCAAGCUAUAUGAAUAUGUCUUAGAAGAAUUUUUUGGAUUACAUGACACUUAAGUAUUUUAUCAAUUACAUGAUUGUAAAAUUUUUGAGCAUUGUUAUUACAUUUGACUGUGUAAAGGAUUUUCUAAGUUAUGAAAGGAAUUUUUUUUAAUAGUAAUUUGUCAAUUGAAAUUGAAUUGCUUAUAAAGUCUGUUGUGUGAUUUAUUGCCAAAUAAAAUAUUGUGAAGAAAGAAAUGCUUGGUUGAUAAUAAAAAGUCACUGAUAUUAAUUUAAGAAAAUAAAUAAAAAUACCCAUGAAAA